UCCGUGUACAACUUUCUCCCUCAAAUCAAAAUACAUGAAACGCAGGCGAUACAAAAAUCCACGAAACACGAAUAAAAUUUUACGAAACAACUAAAAAGAGUACGUGUCCCUCUCGGCGGCCUAACCAUCAUCUUCACAUUAUAGCCAAACGCUACGCUUAACUUUGCUUGCUCCGCAGUUUCGGUUUCGGUUCGGUCUUAGGUUGUUUCAUUUGAUGUUCAAAAUUAUAUCUUGCUUACCGCUUUUUGGAAAUCGCUAAAAUUUUACUAAUAUCAAUUUCACAAUUAUCUUCAAAAUUAAAUUGUUUAAGAAAUCCGUGGGUUGCAAAUAGAAUUCAUUUUUCAUCGUGUGGCAGCUGCCAAGGGGCGGAAUUCAAGACGCACUGUCUCAAGUGAAAAUAUAAUCUUUUUCUUAAUCCCGGACACACUUUCAAAUCAAUGUGUACACCGUUCCACAUUCGUCAAAGCGACCUUAUUCGGUUUAAAAGUCAAUCUGCAACUUCUGUGUGUAGUGCAAUCUGAAGAGUGUAAUUCAAGCAAAAGGCUUUUCUAGAACACAAGUCAAAGCCAUUGAAACGACCACGACCCACCAAGAGCUCAACAGCAUAAUGUCAGUGUCAAGGCAGGUCCGCGAUUAUUCAUUUGUUUAUGUUCUUCUGGCCUUUCUGGUCUGUUCGGCCUUUGGAUACUUCUCUGCGAAAAAAGAAACCAGUGACGACAAAAGCUGUUUCUGUGAGCUGAAAGGGUCAAUAAACGAUUGCAGUUGCAACGUGGACACGGUGGAUCAUUUCAACAAUGUUAAGAUCUAUCCCCGUCUGAAGAGUCUUCUGGUGAAGAACUAUUUUCGAUUCUACAAAGUGAACCUGCAGCAGGAUUGCCCAUUUUGGCCUGACGACAGCAAGUGUGCGAUGAAGUUCUGCCAUGUGGAACACUGCGAGGAGAAGAACAUACCCGCCGGCCUGAAGGAGACCAGCGAUGAGGUGCCUGCCUUCAAAUACAGUAAAGAAGGCCAAAUGCUUGGCUGUGCCGAAGAUGACUUCAACACCGAACUUGGUUUCCUAGACACCAGCAUAAGUGAUCAUGUUCACAAAGAAUUCGCAAAAUGGGCUGUUCAUGACGAAGCCGAAGAAGAUUUCUGCAUCCUAGAUGACAUGCAAAACGGAGCUCAAUACGUAGACCUCUUACUCAAUCCUGAACGUUACACUGGCUAUAAGGGGGAUUCGGCUCAUCGAAUAUGGAAGAGUAUCUAUUUGGAGAAUUGUUUUAGAGCCAAUAAUAGAACAAAUUCACUGUCGAACUUUAUUCCACAAUUGGAAUUGCGAGAUGUGUGUUUGGAACAGAAAGCUUUCUAUCGAUUAAUAUCUGGACUUCAUACAAGCAUCAAUAUCCAUUUGUCUUCGAAGUAUCUGCUUUCGGAUUCUAGUGAUUUUAUACAUCCCAAAGGCGUAUGGGGUCAUAAUUUGGAGGAGUUUAAGAGACGAUUCGGUGCCAGUACGACCAUGGGCGAGGGUCCACAUUGGUUAAAGAAUUUAUAUUUUAUAUAUUUGGUCGAAUUGAGAGCACUUGCCAAAGCUGCACCUUAUUUAAGACGGGAGGAAUAUUAUACGGGGAUCGAAGAAGAAGAUAAUGAAGUUAAAUUAGCAAUCAACGAUCUUCUAAAUGUGGUCGAAGCAUUUCCAUCACAUUUCAAUGAGCACGUCCUCUUUUCAAGCGGAUUUGGAGCUAUCAAACUCAAACACGACUACAAAGAGAAAUUCAGAAAUAUUUCAAAAAUAAUGGACUGUGUUGGAUGUGACAAAUGUCGACUGUGGGGAAAAUUACAAACUCAGGGACUAGGAACAGCAUUGAAAGUGCUUUACUCAGAGAAAUUAGAAAUUGCCACCGAACAUGGUCUUUGGGACAAUCAUUUUACCUCACCAGAUGCCAUAUUCCGAUUGACAAGAUCGGAAAUCGUUGCUCUAUUCAAUGCAUUCGGAAGACUUUCAAACAGUAUUUACGAACUGGAAAAUUUCAGGAAACUUCUAAGAUAACAAAAUUAACUAAAAUUUGCUUUAAAAUGAUGUGAAAAGUAGAUAUUUAUUUGACAGACAAUUAUUGAAAAACAUAAAAAGUCAUGUAGGAUUGCAGCUGUGUCCUUUUCGAUUUGUGUCAUCAAGAACAACAAAAAGAAAAAAAUAAUUUUCAAGAACCUUGGCCGACUAUACCUACGCUCUUAUACAAUAUGUGCAACUUUUGUCAAUUUCCGUGUGUGUGCGCUUUUAGCCAGAAAAAUAAAAUAAACAUUUCUUAUUGAUAUUGUCUAAAAGGUAUUAUCUUAAUUUAAAAAAUCAAAUAAAAUUAUUUGCGAUAUGUUUAGAAAAAAAAAAACAAAAAAACAUUUAUUUACCCAUUUUUGAUUUAUUUUCUUUUGUUAAUUGUAUAUUUUUUAAUAAGAAAAAAGUUAUAUACAUUAAAAAUUUACAUCACAUAAUUUUUAAGAUGAUAAAUUAGUGGAAAAAUUGUUAAAAAAUAUUAUUAUACCAAUUCUAUACCUAGAUUUACAUAUAUAUGUAUAUUUUUAGUUAGAUUUUAAGUAAUUUAUUUGUAUACAAAAAUGUGUAUGUAU